CUCAAACUAUCACUACCGACUAAGAGGAGGGAGAAACAGCAGAGAUGGCAACUCAAGCACAGCAGCCGCCCCACCUGCACCUGGCUGAGCUCACCGCAGCGCAGUUCAUCGACAUCUGGAAACAUUUUGACGCAGACGGGAACGGUUACAUUGAAGGGAAGGAGCUGGAGAACUUCUUCAAGGAGCUGGAGAACGCGAGACGAGGAGCGGGAGCAGGCGUGGAUCCCUCACAUGCCGCGUUCAAAGAAAAGAUGAAGGAGUUCAUGGCCAGCUUUGACAAGAACGCUGAUGGGAGAAUUGAGAUGUCAGAGUUGGCGCAGCUUCUGCCCACAGAGGAAAACUUCCUGCUCUGUUUCAGAGAGUUUGUGGGAUCCAGCGCUGAGUUCAUGGCUGCCUGGCGGAGGUAUGACUCUGACCGCAGUGGAUACAUCGAGUCGAAUGAGCUGAAGGGUUUCCUGUCAGACCUGCUGAAGAAGGCUAACAAAAGCUAUGAUGACAAGAAGCUCAAAGAGUACACACAGACUAUUCUGAGGAUGUUUGAUCUGAAUGGUGAUGGUAAGCUGGGCCUCUCUGAGAUGGCGAGGCUCUUGCCAGUCCAGGAAAAUUUCCUGCUGAAGUUUGAGGGCAUCAGACUCACUGUGAAAGAAUUUGACUCCCUCUUCACUUUCUAUGAUAAGGAUGGUAAUGGGUCUAUUGACGAGCAGGAGCUGGAUGCUUUGCUGAAGGACCUUUGUGACAAGAACAAAAUGGACGUGGACUCAACAGGACUGGUGGGGUACAAGAAGAGCAUCAUGGCUCUGUCUGACGGAGGGAAACUGUACCGCACUGAGCUGGAGAUCGUCCUCUGCCGGGACUCCACACUGUGACCUCCUUGCCUGGGACCCUGCUGUCCUCCUCCACCCCCUGCCUCCUGCUUCCUACCUCCCAAUGUAACCUGGUGCAUGUGUGACCCUUAACCUCGCUACACCACUUAGACUGAAAACAAAAGUGCUCUUGAGAGCACAAAAGUGUACUGCUGGCCCUGAUGUUUUAGCUUUUAACCCUUCUGAGGUCUUUUCCUAUUUUUAAUUUUACAUGAAGUUCCAUAAUAAGCUAGCCAUAGCAAUGACUACAGAAAAAUAUUGUGUAUUUAUUUAUUUUACUUCCCAUUUUUAAUAUGCAUAUGUAUUUUUUACA